AUGGCAGCAGCAGAUGAUGACUUGGUGGCCUUGAACGACCGGCUGGAAGAAAGCAAAGAGGCCCGUGGAGUGCGUGGAGGUUUAGGGCGUGUCAAAGGUGCACAGCAGACUCCCUGGGGACAGGGCUUCUUUCUUUCAGCAAAGACAAAAUGGGAGCCCGCAGGAAGCGAUCCGUUGUACAAGCGAUUUACCCGGGGCCCAGUCUUGGGAGAAGCCAAGGCCGAUGCUGACAUUUGGCGCAGGCACGCAGAGGUGGCACUUACGGAAGCAGGUGGUGAGAUGACUUGGCAGGAGCUGCGGGAUGAGGUCGUGGCUCGAAGAGGCAAGGACUUCGCACAAGGAGACCAGGUUGACACCUCGCUGUGGCCAUUCAUGGCACUGGCUUAUUUGCCCGAGAAGUUCCUCAGCGAAGAGGACGCCAUGGUCCGGCUCGGUGGGGAGCCACAAUAG